AUGGCCUUCCAGCCAGUGUUUGAUCCUUUGCCAUCCAAGCCCACAUCGCAAAGCCAGCGAGACUUGACUGGGGUUCUACUUGUGAUCCUUCGAGACAACUUCACAAUCUCAACAUGGCUCAUGCUCGGGGCAUUGAUCCAAGGAAUCCUCAGCUUUUUACCAUACCCCAACAUUGCUCUCGUGGCACCCGUCGCCAUGGUUUUGCUGUUCCAAAUCACUCGCACUGCGCUGCAGUCUUUCGGCAUCCUCAAGAACCCUCGAAUGGACGGAGUCAUUCCUGGACGGACCGCCGUCGUGUAUCCCAAUGAGAAAGACGGACAACAGAACAGUCCUGGCAACAAGCAAGUCUGCGCAAUUAUUCUCAGCAUACGCAGCAACCAUCCUCUGGGCAUGCUCGCCAAAGGCUUCAAAGAGUCAGGCGAUUACUUCGACCAGAUGCUCGCUGAGCUGGACAAGGAUGCCACGAAAUACGGUUACCUGGGCGCUUCUGGCUGGAUCUCCGCCGCAGACAGAGGCUAUGCAUCUGAGAAAAUGGGAAUGCUCUACUUCGAGUCGGCUGAAAAAGUACACGAAUACGCCCACGGACCUCUGCAUACUAAGGCUAUGCAGUGGUGGAUACAGGCUCACAAAAGCAUGCCGCAUAUUGGCUUAAUGCACGAAAUCCUUGAAGCGCCGAAGGGUAGCUGGGAAGGGAUAUACAUGAACCAUCAUCCUACCGGUCUUGGAGCAACGUCAAAAGAAGUGGAAAUCAAUGGGAACAAGGUCUGGAUGAACCCACUCGUGAGGGCUAAGGGCCCGCUCCUCUGGAGUAAAGGACGUAUGGGGAAAGAAUCUGGGGCGAAGGACUGGCAAGAAUUCCAUGAUGCUGUUGUCCAAGAAGAAGGCGAGGCAUUCUUCAAGGUUUGA